ACUGCAUCUGUCCCUCUUCACACCCUCCUGGGAUGAAGCCACAGCAGCCUGCUCCUUGUCACUGGGGCUGAAGAACAAGCCCAAUGAGAAGCUCUUCUCUGCAGCAGAAGUCAGAUCUGUCAGAGCUGGGGCAGGGGAUAGAGCAUGAACCUGAGUCCGUAAGAAAGAAGUGGUUUCCGGGUGUGUGUGCUAGAGUUCCCCUCCCUGACACGCUCCCUGUAGGCUGACUAUGGCUCAGGCAGAUUGAGAUUGCUGGAACCAUGCAGGCUACUUGGAGAAGACAGAGGAUGGCCUGGCAGGGCUCUGUGGACCUGAACUUCUCUCCUCAGUAUUUUUCCUUCCCUCUCCUCCUCUGUCCUUCCCUUUCGGUCUUUUUAAACGAGUCUGACUUGGUCAAACUCAUGGCAGUGUCUCGGUGCGGGAUUAUAGCUGUCACACCUGCCUGGCUCCUGUCCUUUUGUUGUGUGGACUAUUCCUGGCAGGGGUGCUCCUUGACAGUGGAGCGCACUGUCUGUACCUGUUCUUCAGGCCACCCCUCCUACAAGAUGCCCUCAUGGUCCCAGCCUUAACCUGACGUGCUUGCCAUGUGAUUCUGAAAACCACCAGCCCCGGGCCCUGAGCUGGGGCAGCAGAAAGUAAGACUUGUCAGUUUGUCCGCUCUAGAACCUGUGACCUCUGCUUAGCCUGACAAGCAUCCUGGGUGUCUGCACUGUAGCAGGCUUUGGUGCCAUGCAACAGAGUUCGAGCCCUGCAGUUCCUGACUACCAGAGGAAAUACGUGUACCUACUACGCUGAGAUCUUGGAGAUGGAGGCAGUAUUUGGCAGCAGUGGCAAGCAUCUCCUGCAGUGAUGGCAAAGGAGGGCAAAGCCUGCCAGCAGGCUGGGAAGCUCCAGAACUGUAGCAGUUCUGUCAUUUUAGAGCCGGAUAGAGACCCCCGCCACCAGGCUACACCCCCAGCCCGCAGCCAUCAGUGUCCAGUCAGCAGCCUGGGUAGGGAAGGCUGUGUGCGGAAGGUGGCUUGUAUGGGGUCUUGGUGGAGCCCAGCACUUAAGUGCUGCAGUGUGGGGGCAUAAGGAGUGGGUGGCAUGAUGUCGGGGAAGGUUUGGCAGAGCAUCGUGCUUGGCAUGGUACAGCGGGAGGAAAGGGGCUGUUGACUGUCUCUCUAGCACUUCGUGGUGAAUGGUUGGUGGGCAGAGAUGAGAGUGGCCCUGAUAUUGGGCAUGACAUGGGAGAGGCUCAGCCAAGGCAGUGGGGCAAAGGAUGGAUGUCCCCAGCAGACCACGGGGACUGUGUGGGUAGGGAGGACUAUGGUGGCCUCUAGGAGUCAAGAGUUGGAUAGCGGAUGGAGUCCUGGCAGGGACGUGUGGGACAGGAGGCUUCCCUGGGACGUGAAAGGGAAGUGCUGAUGCCGAACCUUGGAACUUUGUCCUUUGUGAGGUAGUCCUGAGAACUGGCAGCAGGUUCUGUCCUGGGGGAGGAGCAGGCAGAAGUCACGGCAGGGACUAUAGGAGAUGGUUCUCGCCAUGCUUGGGGCUCUGUACCCCAGGGCUGGGCUCAGUCUCUUCCUUUUUUACCUCAUCCUGGCAGGCGCACUUCUUCGACCUCAGCCUCAGAGGUCUCAGCGAUCUGUUCCUGAGGAAUUCUCAGCCCCGCUGGAGCUCCCACAGCCACUCUCAGGCCUGAUGGAUGACUAUGGGGUCAGACCCAAGCACCCGUGGCCAGGAGGGGCCCGACCCCUUCUCUCUCAGGCCCAACAGCGCAAGCGGGACGGGCCCAACAUGGCUGACUAUUACUAUGACGUGAAUCUGUGAUGGGAACCCCACAUAAAGCUAUUCUGGG